GGCGAGGCCGGCGGCGCAAAAACUGCGUGAGCGUCUGCGUGGCGCGGGGCCGGCCGGCGCGCGGCGGCGCGCCUCAGUCGGUGCCACACGCCAGAGCGCGCCGCUGGCACACAGCGCCGCGCACCGAGAUGAGAGAGGGGCCCGCAGUCUGACCCGGCCCGCAGCGCACGCACGCACACCCCGGCCCGCGGACGGACACACGAUUCAAAAUGGCGGACCAGCAGUUUUGCCUGCGCUGGAAUAACUUCCAGAACAAUAUCAUCUCGUCGUUCGAGUACCUCCGAUCAGAGGAGGACUUCGUCGACGUGACCCUCGCCUGCGAAGGCAAAAGCCUCAAGGCACACAAAGUGAUCUUGUCGGCAUGCAGCACGUACUUCCGAGAUCUUCUAAAGACGACACCGUGCUCGCAUCCCAUCAUCGUCCUCAAGGACGUGUCGUACGACGACCUGCUGUCGCUCAUGUGCUUCGUCUACCAGGGCGUCGUCUACAUCGGCCAGGAGCGGCUGACGCAGUUCCUGCGCACGGCUGAGUUCCUCCAGAUCAAGGGUCUGUCGGAGCACUGCAUCGGCGAGCCGUUCGCGCGCCAGCAGCCGGCCACCCAGUCGUCGCCGAGCCAGUCGGCGCCGGCCGCCGCGCCGCCCUCGCCCCAGCCGCGCUCCGGCACGCCGUCGCCGUCGCCGUCGUUCCGCGAGGCGCCGCGGCCCAGCCAGUCGUCGGCACCGCCGCUGGCGCCGCUACCGCCGGCCAAGCGCCGUAAGCCGCUCUACCCUCUGCACACGCCGGCGCCGAGCUCGACGGCCUGUGUCGGAGAGCUGCCGGGCACCUCUGUGUCCCCGUCGCGGCCCUCGCAGUCGUCGCCGACGGAGGGCGCGCAGCCCAACGGGACCGAGGUGCCGACCGGACUGCCGCCGGAGGGCUCCUCGGAGACCACCCAGGAGGAGGCGCUCAGUCUGGUCAGCGAGACGUCCAUCCUGCGACAGCGGAUCGAGGGCGGCCGCGCCGAGAUCGAGCAGCCCGUCAAGGUGGAGACCAACGGGCCGCACAGCCCGGCGCUGGUCGAGCACGCCAAACUGUCGCCCAGGCCGCUCAUCAUGGACCCGAACGCCCUCAGCAUGGUCGGCAGAGAGUCGCUCGGGUUUCCGUUCCUCUCCCAGCCGGGCACCAGCUCGCUGCUCGCGACCACCACCACCACCCUGCCGACGUCCAUCGGACAGGAGGAUCAGCAGACGCCGCCGGCCAUGUCCUACGAUGCGCAGAUGCUGCUGCGCACGAGCACGGGCUCGCCGCGGUUCCGGCAGCGCUGGCGCUGCAUGCAGCCCUCGGUUUGUCCCCACUGUCUGCGCACCUUCUCCAACGCCUUCAACCUCAAACAGCACAUCAUCAACGUGCACACGUUCGGAAACGAGCUCAAGUGCGAGGUGUGCGGUAAGGUGCAGAAGAACAAGUGGUACCUGCGCAAACACAUGGUCAAGUCGCACAACGCCCCGCUGCGGCGCGUUAAGCUGCCCGACGGCAGCAUGGUCAACACUGAAUGACUGCCGGCGCCGCUGAGCUCCGGCUGAGGUGACGGCGCAGCGCGCCCCGGCCAGCCGUCCUCUCCCGCUCCUCCGGUCCUGCCCACUCCCCGCCCCGACCCCGGCCCCGCCCGUAGGCCGUGCUAUGAGAGCGAUCCGCCCGUCCGACCAGCCUGUCGAUCGUCCGGCAUGGAUGUUGGAAAGCUAGAACUUAGCUAGUUCCACGACCCUUCUUCAGUAGCUUUGGCAUGGUCUGCGAUUUUCAGUCAAGUCGACUUUAUAGUACCCGAAUUUCAGUUGGGUUUUCGGAGAAGAAAUGUUUGAGUAUUGUGCAAAUGUCGAAAAUAGAUUUUGUGUGAAUGCGAAAUGAAAUUUCACUGCUAAAUUAAAGGAAAUGAUUUAAAAAAGUAACAAUAACUUACAGCUAUAAAACUACGUACAAAAUCACGACUCAAAAAAGGUAAAAAAUUCACUGUUUUGUUGCAAAAAAAAAAGAUGAUAAAAGUAUGUUGAAAAGGCGAUAUCUAUAAGGAGACGCACUACCGGUGGCCGCCCCGCUCUUUCAGCGUCGGCAGGAGGUGCCGAGGAGCGCCGCAGCCGUCUGUGGAGCUCGCGCCAGCCACGCGUCUGCCCCAUUUGUAACGGACUCUUUUCCAACAAGUUCAACCUCAAACAGCACAUAGUGAACGUGCACACCAGCUCUGCCGGCGUCGAGUGCACCCUCUGCAAGAAGGUGUGCAAGAACAAGUGGUACCGGCGCCGACACGAGGUGGUCGUGCACGGCGCGCCUCUGAAGCGCGGCCGGCUGGGCGCCGAGGUUUUCUAGCCGUCCCCUAUCCUCCCUAUCCCUCCUCAGUUACCCCUCUCCCCUCCGUGCAAUACCGGGGCGUGUCUGUCGGCCUGCAGUCCGGUGCCAACGGUGGCCGGCCAGCGGCGCUCCUCGCCGCCAGACUCGGUACUUACUGACGCCGCGGAGCGACCUGGCGCUCCCCGAGGCCGACAAAUCGGCGCUAGGCUAAGUGGGACUCGCGGGCACUCAGUGCCCCGCGGUGGCUUCUGAAGCGCCCCCAGAGUAGGUGUGAGAAGUGCGCUACAGGCGUGCCUCUCUGCGAGCGUGUGUGAUGGGAUGAUAAUCCGUGAAUGUGUGUGCGUGUGAGAAGUCGUGUCCGUUGUUGUCGCAAUAGCCAUCUCCAUAGGGCGCGCGCCGCACCGGCCGCGCCGCCCCUCCCCACCGAACAGUACAACCAUAGACCAUCAGCAGAUCAACGAUCUACCUCACACCAGUUCCACACCGCCCUGUUACCAUAUUACAGUAUCACAGUAUCACAGUAUCACUGUUACCGGACGGCACACCAGCCGCCGCCGCCCCUGACAGUCGCCCGCGGCGGCGGCGGCGGCGGCGGCGGCCCCUGGCAUUGAUCGGCGCCGGCCGCGCCAUGCCGCCCGCCGCCGCCGCCGCCACCGCUGCAACGGCAUUGUUAUUGAGGCAGGCCGCCCAGAAUAGAGUUGGCGGCCGGCGCUGGCAGCGGCCCGGCUGCAAUAAAUCGCAUGAUUCAUGGAGCGGGCCGCCUGCCACCGCACAUCAGUUACAUGCCGUGCACCGUGUAGCCUUUGGCGAGCGGCCGGCGGUGGGGCGGGGGCGGGGACCGCCCCGGCCUCGUCCCCCGCCGCCGCCGCCGCCGCCGGUUGGACGGCCAUAGCAGCAGAUAUAGGCCCCGAGUGCCGCCUGAGAGUAAUUCGGGCACCCCCACAACCCAUACCGGUCCGUUCACCAGCCCACCGGGCGCUGUAGACUAGAGUAGUCCAUGGUGAACACAAGUGGCUUUCUGUGGCAGCGGCGCAAUAGUAGACGAGGCGUCGCCAGCAAGGCUUUAGCCCUCUGCCGCUCGCCUCUCAAUAGCAGCGUAUCACUCAGCCGUGAGAGACCGGCAGCCGGCGACGCCCCCGUGUUAUUUCCUCGCGCCGCGGCGCCGCCGAUUGGCGCCGGACGACGUGCGGACGGCGGCGCAUCUAUGAAGCUUAUGAUAGGGCAUGUUUGUUGCUAGGUCUAGUCUCGUGGCAUUCCUUUGUUUGUUGUGCUAGGUUAGCGGCCGGUCGCCGUGCGCUCUGGCUGCACAGCGCCGUAUAACGGAGAGGCGAGACGCGCAGGGUUCGGUCUCGCCGCGGCUCGCCUGGUUGUUGGGGUGGCCUCAUGGUUGCCGGUGUGUUCUGUUUUUUUUUUCCUGGCGCGCAGUGUCGGUGAUGAUGUGGGGAACAUUGCUUGUCUCGAGCCGCGCCGGUGCAGUGAGCUGGCGGCGAGCCGCGGGUCAUCUGUUAGCAUCACUGCGUGGGUGUGUGCGUGUCUGCGUGAGUCUGUGUGUGAGUGAGUGAGGAUCUGUCCAUGGGACUGCCCAGCGUCCGCAAAACGGAACGAUAUUGGCUAGGCUCGUUAUGUCUAAGGCAGCACUUUAAGUGUAGUGAACAUUUGUAUAACGCCAUGCGCGUGUGUCGGGUGGUAGCGUAUUGUUGCCGUGUACAAUUCAUAGACUCCCGCGCCGCGAUCCAAUAUCCGACUUCAUUUAGAUCCGAUCUUUUUCGUACUUUAAAUAUUUCUAAGCUGAACGCCCUAUAAUAAUUUGGUCUAAAUUUUUAAGAAAGUAUCAUUUUUAGUCUAUUUCAAUCAUCUAUAUCGCUUUCACUAAUACCGCGUCUUGUUCGGGGCUUACGAAGUGUCGCGAGCUCUCUCGCGUCUCUAUGUUGCAUUGGUUGUAGUUAUCAAGUGUAUCGUGAUGCACGGGGUAUGCUGAGUGAGAGGCGUUCAAUCAAAAUAUCGGCUCCCUCCAGGCACGAGUCACCCGCGUGCGCACGCUAUGAACUGGCUGUACCGCCCGCCGGCCUCGCUCUGAGCGGCUCCUUGUGUCGCCGGCCGCCGCUCGGUGGCCGCUGGACCCUAGGUCCAGCGCGCCCCUUCCACUCUCCGCCUGCGGCCGCGCCCAGCCGAGCUGGCGCCGCCCGCCCGCCGCCUACCCCGCGUAUUGAUCCCAGCCGUCUUACAAGUCCAACUUGGGGAGGCUCUCUCAUGAACCACGCCGCGCGUGGCUAAACUGGCGCCUAUUGAUUUUGUCAGCCCGGUCAUUACGGCGGCGGCGGCGGCGGCGGCGGCGGACCCUCCGCGCUCCCUCCAUGUGAGGGAGGACCGCGGCUCGGACCGCCGCCGCCGCCGCCGCCGCUGACCGUCGCGUCGGUCGUUUUACGACGCAGCUCUGCAGCGCCUUCGGCUAAGGUUUUCCGGCGUGAGGCAGGUCGCUCGGCCCCAGGCCGGGCGUGGUGUCCCACAGGGGCCGUCCUGCCCGCGCACAGUCGGCGCUGUCCCACAGCCUCGCCUUCCCCACCGCUAGCCUCUUCUGGCGCGCGUGCGAAUAGGUUUGUAGGUGUGUUCGGGAGAGAGAGAGAGAGAGAGAGAGAGAGAGAGAGAGAGAGAGAGAGAGAGAGAGAGAGAGAGAGAGAGAGAGAGAGAGAGAGAGAGAGAGAGAGAGAGAGAGACCGUGUGUGUGCGCUCCGCUCGCCCGUUGAUGUCCCGGCCUGGGUAGGCGGGUGCCGCCGGGAAAGACGUGCCUAGCCGCUUGAAGCGCCGUGGGCUGGGUGGGGGCGGGAGGACACCAGACUGCUUGGCCUGUAUAUUGCUGUGCGCGAUCGUAGGUCCCUGUCGCAUCCAGCGGUCUGUGUGGUUUUAUAGGCGUGCUCGUGCCAAACCUAUGUAAUAAAUACAACACCCCGUGCAAAA